AGUUAGCCCUCUUGACAGCAGCGUUAAACUUGCCAAUACAGAUUUAGUGCGAAAUAUAAUCGAAAUAAAAGAAAUUACUUACGUUCUCCGCAACAUAAGGUAUUGGAAUAUUAUGUCAAUCAUGCUACAUCGAUCCAUCCUUCGCACAUGGAGGUUCAACUGCGUGCUCGGUCGAAGCUUUGCAAUAGCUGAAAAUGCUGACAGUGCUCAAACCUCAUCGAUCGAAUUCGGAACAUCGCAACCCUCAGAUGAAUUCACCAAAGAAUUUCUACAAAACCAAGUCAAGCUCACUGAACUGCAGAAGGUUAUUCUUAGUGCUGGCAGUUCCAUAGCUGCGCUGGUUAACCCCCGAAGACAUGACAUGAUCGCUUGCUUGGGUGAAACAACCGGUGUUCAAGCAUUGAAGAACAUUCACCACCAGAUGCGGAACUCAGAAGAAGGUCGCCAAAUAUUAGCAGAUAAACCACGCAUCAACAGCCGCACUGUUGAUAUGGAAUCAUUGAGAAAGCUUCCGGAAAAUACGCUCGGUUUCCACUAUGUUAGCUUUCUGGAGAAAUAUGAAAUAACACCAGAUUCACGAAUGGAGGUUAAAUUCAUGGAAGAUCCCGAGCUUGCCUACGUAAUGACGCGAUACCGAGAGGUGCACGAUCUAGUUCACACCAUUUUCGGAAUGCCAACCAACAUGCUCGGAGAGGUUGCCAUUAAAUGGGUGGAGGCCAUCAAUACAGGAUUGCCAAUGUGCUAUGGAGGAGCAGUUUUUGGGGCUUUCCGUUUGAGGCCAAAACAACGUCAGAACUAUUUGAAGCGGUACCUUCCAUGGGCCUUGCAAAUGGGACAGCAAACAAGACCACUGAUGUGUGUUUACUGGGAGCAACGAUGGGAGCAAGAUAUCGAUGAACUCCGCAAAGAGCUUUAUAUUGAUGUACUUAAACUAGAGUAAGCGUUCUUCAAUGAAAUAUAGUAUUGUAUAUAUUGUUGGUUUUUCAAAUAUACAUUCGCCUUACA